AUGGCACUUUUAAUGCGCGACGCUCGUCAUUCGAUAGCCAAUGCAGAGAUGGCUUUAUUUACAAAGGGAAAACUUCAACAGAGAGAUCAACCAAUUGUCAGCCCUCCAAUUUCUCCGCCAAUGUCCACCGAUGAAGACACCCUGGCCGGUGUUGAAGCUCUUCUCAGUCGAUAUGAGAAUCACAGGCCACUCGAGGUUUCGUUUGUGUCAUCAGCGGGAUCAAGACGAGGCUCGGUGGCGACCUCUUUGUCAAAUCUCGACUCGCUUGAGGGACUUCUCACUGAUAAUAUGUUGGGUGGAUAUAGAAGCAGCCAGCAUGACCUCCCAGCUCCGUCCUCUAUCGGCCCUCCACAAAAAGCCUCAUUUCUUGCGAGGGCAAAAUUCUUCUACGAUAAGUAUCGACUGAGAAAUUAUGCGCCAUUCAUUUUACUCUUCCUUUAUUCUUUGAUGGGUGCUUUCAUCUUUCACAUUCUUGAGUUUGAUUACGAAAUGGAACUGAUACAUGAGGAGAAGCAGAAAAUUCGUUUAUUGCGAAACGCUACCUAUACAGCGCUUUACGAGGAAUUGUUGCGGCGAAAUCCAUCAAAUCAUGAUCACUUUCAUAAAGCCAGCGAAAUACUUGCAAAACACGAGCUGAGAUUACAAGAAGUCAAAUUGCCUGAGCAUAUCGGAUGGGAUAUGUGGGGAGCAAUGUUUUACGUCGGCGCUCUUAUAACCACGAUUGGUUAUGGAAAUAUUGCCCCACGAACGGAUCUUGGCCGAGCUUUUUCGGUGGUUUACGCUCUUGUGGGCAUUCCUCUUGUUCUCGCCAUUCUUUCACAGUUUGGUCGAACGUUGACGAAUGUAGUCUCGGAGUUGUGGCAGAAGUAUCGACAACGGGUGAAAAAAGCUCGGAGUCGAAUUUGGAGCAAAGCCAAAGGCGCACCAUUGCCCACUGAAAAGCGAAGAAACACAAUUCUCGACUUAGAAACCGGCAAUAUCCCUCGUGAUCUCAUUUCAGCUGCUGAAGAAGGAGAUCUUGAAGAAUUAGAGGAAAGCAGAACAAUCCCUAUUUGGUUGGCGCUUCUCAUUUGUGUCACAUGGAUUUGCGCAUGUGCGGGUCUUUUCCAAAUCUGGGAACGACAUUGGUCCUAUUUCACGUCGCUUUACUUUUUCUUCAUUUCUUUAUCCACUAUUGGAUUGGGUGACAUUGUGCCCGAACAUCCACGAAUGUUGAUCUUAAUGUUUUGGUUGGUGAUUAUCGGACUUUCAAUCGUUUCCAUGCUUCUCUCUGUGAUACAAAUAAAAAUGGAGGAAUGGCUUUACAACUUAAUGAUCAGAAUGCAGAAAGAAUAUCAACAUGCUCUUGAGACAGGAGAUCUUGUUGAUCGGUCGCAGAUCUUGGAAAAAAUGAUGGAUAAUCAGCCAUGGUUUAUGAAAAAUUUUGGUCCACAACUCAUCAGCGAAAAGCAGGCGGAUGUUUUAGAAAGAAAAGCUGAACAAUAUGAUCGAGUGAUGAGAGAGGUGAACAACAAAAAUGUUCAAACAGAAGGUCCAAUUGUUGACACGAGAGAGGCACAGUGUGAACAAGCGAGAUUAGAGAGCAUGGGUUGUUCUCCGAAAACAGAUCAAGCGUUUACAACGUGUGAUGAAGUGAGUCAAGCAUUGAUCGGUGAUCAAAGUCUCGCGGAGUAUUCAGCUGCCGAAGACGAGAGUCUUGCUCAAGAUCUUCAAUUGGUGUCUGCGUGUGAGCAAACGUCAAUCGCUGAUCAAUUUUCGUUGGGUGUGCAAACAUCACAAAAAGAUGAUCACAAUAUGGUUAAGAAGCCAUCUUCAAUGAACGAGAACAGCUCUCAGACAGAAAUUGCUCAAUUUCAGAUUGAUGAAAUUGUUUUGCGAUUGCACAAAAUACAAGAAGAGAGAGCUAAAAUCUCAGUGGGAAUCACAAAAGCGGCUAUACUAUUGGAGAUGCUUGAAAAAGAGACACAAUGCGAUCUUCUUGCACCUGCGUUACUUGAUGCUGAGAUUUUAACAGAAGUGAUGCACGAAGUAGCGCACGGAAAUCUAGGCAAAAUUUCAGUUCAGAAAGCAGAAGCAGGAGUGAGUACAGAGAGUGAAUUCAUGAGGGAUCAAGGUGUGCGAACAGAUUCUUCAAUGGGAAUGUGGUGUAGGGGCACACAGGCGGGCCUACCAGCUCAUAGGGAUAUGUGCAUAUCGACGAGUCGAAGCGGUACUGGAUCUCCUUAUAGCAGCACACCGCAAAGGGAUCAAACAACACUCACCGAUUCGGGAAUUAUGAUGUCCCGAACCUCGGCCACAGUCCGUUCCCCAUCACCCCGAAUGGGCACUUCUUCUGUGGCUGUGCAAUGCUCUCCUUGCACCCAGAGUCAUUCAACACUCACCGAAAUGCUUCAUUUACAAUCUCGAAGCAUGGAGACUUUACCCAUACAGAGUGAAACAGAAAGUCGAGAAGUUCAAACGGCAAAGGAAGUUCAGGAUGAAGGCACCGAUGUCUCGGGCAUUGUUUUGACCGAUAAUUGUGGAACACAGAGUGAAGAUCCAGACAAUGAGGACCGAUCAAUGAUUACUGAUAUGCCGACGAAAAGGGAUAGAAGUAUGGAAACAGAGCAGAAAAGCUCUGCGGUUCACGAUGAGUUCACGCAAACGGACACUGAGAACCCCUAUGUAGCUGGCCAUAUGGGUGCAAUGUCGUCAUCAUUGCCAAUGUCGAUGUCCUAUUCAGCGUCAGUGAUGAUGUCAAUUUCAACUCAGUGUUCCCCACCCGAUUCUCCGACUUCAACUUUGAAAAAUUACGGAAAACCCUCGACAUCACGUUUACACGAAAAUGAAGAAAAUGAGCACAGUGAUCAAAACAGAAUCGAUGAUGGACAACCAAAGAGAGAAUUGAGUAGACAAGAAGUGAUCAUUCAAACAGACGACAGCUACUUGAAGAUUGCUAGGCGAUUGGAUGAUUACAGAACAAACAACAACAAGAGCUCCUUGCUGCCGGUGUGCGCGGCAAGACCGAUGUCACCGAGUCAAAGUCCAUCUCGAGACUCCGGUCCGGAUCGACCAUCGGAGAGGAGAGGUUAUUAUAUGGAUGUACGAUCUAGUACAAGACUGCUCAAUCCACGAAGACUAAACACUUUAGAACAAGAAGACGAGCCAACAAGUCACGCCUUGACAGUUUCGGAAAAGAAGGCCCGUUCAACUUCCCCGGCACCUCGUGGAAGAGGUAAUAGGCGGGGUGUUUCCCGGCAGCCUUCUUUACCAGUCGGUAUUCCUCGGGGUCGUGUCUCUGAUUUCGUGGCUGCUCACGAGCGUGGCAUUCCCAACCCAGCCACCACUCGACGAACUCCCAUUCAAAUCAUUCGCCAGUUUUCCUUCUGUGAA